AUGGCAUCUGUUUUGAAAAACAAGGGACCAAAGGUCCCUGUUUUGCUCUGUUUUUCUUGUUUUCUGAUGACUUUUGAGCCCGAGCUCUUGCCCGUGCAAUCUUUCUCGCAUGAUUUCGCCUGUGAUGUUGAGGAGAAUUCGAAAUUUGCUUAUUUUGAUUUUUGCAAUAAAUCACUUGGGAUUGAUGCAAGAGUGGCUGACUUGGUGAACAGGCUGGAAUUGAAAGAGAAGGUUGGUUUCUUGAUGAGUGGUGCAAAGGGUGUGAGUAGGCUUGGAAUACCAAAGUAUGAGUGGUGGUCCGAGGCUCUACAUGGAGUCUCUAACCUCGGCCCCGGCACGCAGUUCUCGGGUGUAGUCCCUGGCGCCACCAGCUUCCCUCAGGUUAUUCUCACAGCGGCUUCAUUUGAUACUUCUUUGUUUGAAGAAAUCGGGAAGGUGGUCUCGACUGAAGCCAGAGCAAUGUACAAUGUGGGGCUAGCAGGUCUGACAUUUUGGUCACCAAAUGUAAACAUUUUCAGAGAUCCCAGAUGGGGAAGAGGCCAGGAAACUGCAGGAGAAGACCCAUUUCUUUCAAGUAAAUAUGGUUCUGCUUACGUACAAGGUCUGCAAAAAACCGACCACCCCGACCCAAACAGGCUCAAGGUUGCUGCUUGUUGUAAACAUUAUACAGCCUACGAUUUAGAAAAUCCGAGAAGGACGGAUCGUUUCCACUUCAAUGCAGUGGUUACAAAGCAAGAUAUGGAGGAUACAUUUCAACCACCAUUCAAGAGCUGUGUUAUUGAUGGGAAUGUGGCAAGUGUUAUGUGCUCAUACAACCAGGUUAAUGGUAAGCCAACAUGUGCAGACCCUGACCUUCUCGACGGGAUCAUCCGAGGAAAGUGGAACCUCAAUGGGUAUAUAGUUUCAGACUGCGAUUCAAUAGAUGUGUUCUUCAAUUCCCAACACUACACAAGAACUAAAGAAGAAGCUGCGGCCAAAGCUAUUUUAGCAGGGCUAGACCUUAAUUGUGGUUUUUCCCUUGGCAAACACACUGAAGCUGCAGUUAAAGCAGGGCUUGUUAGUGUGUUGAGAAUCGACAGGGCAAUUUCCAACAAUUUCGCGACUCUGAUGAGACUUGGCUUCUUUGAUGGUGAUCCUAGGCAGCAAAAUUAUGGACAUCUUGGUCCAGAAAAUGUAUGUACACCGGAACACCAGGAUCUGGCCCGUAAAGCUGCAAGACAAGGAAUAGUGUUGCUAAAGAACACUGCAGGAUCACUGCCUCUAUCUCCCACUGACAUCAAAAAGUUGGCUGUGAUUGGUCCUAAUGCCGAGGCCACAGAAACAAUGAUUGGAAACUACAAAGGUGUACCAUGCAAGUACGCAAGCCCUCUACAAGGCUUAAAGGCAGUGGUUGAGAUGACGACUCAUGCAGCCGGUUGCUCCAACGUAGCUUGCAAAACUGCCUAUGUAGGAGAUGCAAAGAGAAUGGCAGCAUCCGCAGAUGCCACUGUGCUUGUUAUGGGUGCUGAUCAGUCCAUUGAGGCAGAGGGUCGCGACAGAGUCAACAUUUUGCUUCCCGGACAGCAACCAUUUCUGGUAUCAGAAGUUGCAAGGGUUUCCAAAGGGCCUGUGAUUCUUGUUAUAAUGUCAGGAGGAGGCAUGGACAUAUCAUUUGCAAAACAUAAUGAGAAAAUUACAAGUAUCUUGUGGGUUGGUUACCCUGGGGAAGCUGGAGGAGCUGCCAUAGCUGAUGUGAUUUUUGGGUAUCAUAAUCCAAGCGGAAGAUUACCGAUGACAUGGUAUCCUCAAUCAUAUCUGAAAAAAGUACCAAUGACAAACAUGAACAUGAGAUCAGAUCCAACUGGCUACCCAGGCCGAACCUAUCGGUUUUACACUGGAGAGACGGUUUAUUCAUUUGGGGAAGGACUAAGCUACACGACGUUCACUCACGAGCUAACGCAAACUCCUGACAAAGUGUCAGUCGGAUCACAAGAAGGUCAUGUUUGUCACUCAUCAUCAGUUGUCAUUCACUUGGCAGUUAAAAAUAUUGGAAGCAGAAGUGGAGGCCACUCAGUUCUGUUGUUCUUUACUCCUCCAGAAUCUGUGCACAAGUCACCACACAAGCAGUUGAUAGCAUUUGAGAAGGUCUUUUUGAAUGCAGGUGAAGAGGCACCAAUGAUAUUUGAAGUGAAUGUCUGUAAAGAUUUAAGUGUUGUUGAUGAACAUGGAGAGAGGAAAAUUCUAUCAGGAGAAUAUGUACUUCAUAUUGGAACCUUAAAACACUCCAUCUUCUCCAUCAUUGUGAGUACUUGAAAUACUUGGGCAGAAUUACGUGAAUUAUUUAGUGGUUUGAAGUUGAACA